GAAAAAGUAAAAAGAAGGAAACUCAAGGCACACGUUGCAUUAAUGAAACUUUGGACGAAAGGCUGAACAUUAAAAAACCAUCUGACAAAUUGGUAUCAUCUUCUAAAGAUCAUGGUGGAGCUUCAAAGAAAACCACCAAUAGACAAUUUAAAAACCAAAUUGGUAACAUUGAUAAUAAGGAGAAUGAGGAGGAUGGUAGUGAAACUGAAGAAGUUAACGAAGCCAAACGUCUUGCAACCGAAGAACCAACCCGAAUGAAUAUAAUACUUCGUAUCCGUCAAGAAGAUGGUGCUUCAAUCAAGAAAAAGGAGCCUUCAACCAAUAUAACCAAGUACAAUAUAGAAGAGUCAAUACCUGUCGAGGAAUGCGAAGAAAUGGAUUAUGUAAAAACAAUAAAAACACCCAUCCAAUCUACAAAUGCCAAUGAUAAUGGCAUAAACGAAGAUAAAUUAGAAAUUCCUGAUUUGACCGAAUUUGAUAGUAACCUGGAUCCUAAAAAAAUGUGGAGGUUAAAGAGUGGUACCGUUGUAGAAAAAGUGAUAUAUGAAUAUGCACGAAACUUGACAUAUGAAUCGUGCCUGCACUCAUUCAUGAUGCUGACAGUCCUUAUUUAG